UAGUCAAUGUUGUAAAAGCGGAUUGCAAUUGCCGUCAUGGCAUAGCCUCCCAACCACUAAAAUCCGCCUCAACUGCACCGAAAACCCAGCGACAAAAAUGGGGUGUUGUUGUGACGAAGAAGAGGAGCAACUUUUCCAACCCUUGAAUCCGCCUCAAACCCUCCCAACUGAUUCUUCUUCCUCCGUCACAACCACCGACUACGGCGGAGACGCCGUGAUCUCCCCGAUGAAUUCCAAUUUCUGUGCUUUGCUCUGCCACGACACUCUCCGAGCAAUCCUGGAGAAGCUCCCGCUGCCUGAUUUAGCACGCGCUGCAUGCGUUUCCAGGCUCUGGAAUGCGGUCGCCUCCGACAGGGAGAUCCAGACCAGGGCAUUCAAGGCUCCCUGGAAGCUCAAAGAACUCAUCGGAAACCCUACCUCCAGCAGCUUCUGGAGAGACAACACCAUCUCCAAAUUCGCUAUCUCCCACCGAAUCGUCCGUGGUGAUACUGUUGCUAGUCUAGCCGUCAAGUACUCGGUCCAUGUUAUGGGUAUAAAACGCUUGAACAAUAUGAUGAGUGACCAUGGCAUAUAUUCAAGGGAGAGGUUACUCAUUCCUAUUAGCAAUCCUGACCUGCUAAUAGAGGGCACAUGCUAUGUGGAGCUGGAUACCUAUGCAAAAAGGGAAGUGGCAGUAUUGUAUCUUGAGGGCAACCCUGAUGGAAAGCCCAAAUGUGUAGUGAGUAAGCUGACCUCAGAACAUGGUAAGAGAAGGGUGAUUGACUCCUUGAGGAGGAGCAUGCAAGUUGAUGAUGGGACUGCUCAAUACUACUUGGCUGAGUCAAAUGGUGAUCCCCGAACAGCCAUUGCUCAAUUUUCUGAGGAUUUGAGGUGGGAGAGGCAACUGGGGUUGGCUUAAUUUGAAUCAAAUAUCUUGUUUCGAAUAUGUAACCAAAAGAAGGGAUGCAGCAUUGAUAUACCACAUGCUCGCCUAUCAUCUUCAUCUCAUCUGCAUUUAUAGUAGACCGCAUAAUAUUACCCUCAUUUGAAGUAAUGCUGGAAAACUCCUCCCAUGAAGAGGAAAUGCCUGAAGCAAUCAAAACUGCAGGCAACUAUCUUCUGUUAUUCUUGGCUGCUGGAUCAGCAACCCUUAGGGACUUGUGGCGCUCUCAAAUGUGUUUUAUUUUCUGUAUAAUGUGAUUUAAAAUUUUUAAGCAAGUUGUAUUGAAGGGUGGAGCUGUAUCAUGUGUAAACUCCGCAAGCAUUGGAUGUAUGUGUGUAAUGUAAGCAAAUUAUAGAAAAAUCCCUUUCAAUGCAUUAUUCAAAUUCUUGACA